CUCUCGCUUUCUCUGACUGACACACCAAUCCACUCUCCUCCCCUUUGCCUUUGCCUUUCUCCCCCAGCGGAAAGAUAUCUCCAACCAUCUUCUUCACUUCUGGCUUAUACUCUUCUUCUUUGCGGCCGUACUCGGCCACAGCUCCAGAUUCUUCUUUUUGAGACCGACCCAGAAAGUUUUGAGGGGAAAAAUGACGACUAUGAUUGAGUUUCAGGGCAAGGAGGACUCGAUUUUGGAUGAAGGCUAGGAGGGAUCGGAUGGGUUUCUUUUUUCUAGCUUCUUUUCCUUUUUGGGUCGAUCGAAAUUAAUUUGUGGGUUUGUAUAUGUAUGUAUUUUCCCUUAUUUGUUGUGUAUAUCUUUUCUUGCUUUCUUGCGCUUGCGCCGCAUGUUGGUCUUUUUAGUUCAUUGCAAUCUUCGCCAAUACCAUCGCAUCGUUCUGUGUCUGUAUGUCUUCUGGCCUCCUAUGUUGUCCCAGAAAAGAAACCCAGAUGAUGGAGAUGGGCCGGCGGAUGGUGAUAAUCCUGAUGAUAAGCGUAGAAAGUUUUGUUUUAGGAGUGUGGUUCGUGAUGCCCUAUCAUUGCAGUCAAUGCAACAGCUAUUGGAGCCAGUCAUUCGUAAAGUGGUAAGGGAGGAAGUUGAAUUGGCACUAAGAAAGUACAUUACCAAUGUGCCAAGGAAUGAUGAGAAGAAUGACAGGAAAGAAAUCUAUUCUUCCGGGCCAAGAUGCUUUCAAUUGAAGUUCGUAACUGAUAUUUCUCUCCCGGUAUUUACUGGAGCUCGCAUUGAAGGAAGAAAUAGUUCCAACUUGACGGUGGCUUUGGUUGACACCUUAACUGGGGAAGUUGUUGGCACUGUGCCUCAAUCCUCAGCCAAAGUGGAAAUUGUAGUGCUUGAGGGUGAUUUUGAGGGUGGAGGUGAUAACUACACUAUAGAGGAGUUUAAGAAUAACAUUGUAAGAGAGAGAGAAGGAAAGAAACCACUUCUUACAGGAGACACAUUUGUGAGUCUCAAAGAUGGCAUUGGUUUGGUAGGUGAGAUUUGUUUCACUGACAACUCAAGCUGGACUAGAAGCCGUCGGUUCAGGCUGGGUGCAAGAAUUAUAGACAACAAUGAUGGAACGAGAAUACUGGAAGCAAAGACUGCGUCUUUUGUGGUCAGAGAUCACCGUGGAGAAUUGUACAAAAAGCACCACCCUCCAUUUCUGCAGGACGAAGUAUGGAGAUUGCAGAAAAUUAGCAAGGAUGGAGCCUAUCAUAAGCGCCUGAGCCAAGAAAAAAUCGAGACAGUGAAAGAUUUCCUAACUCAGCUUUAUGUACAACCUUCAAGGCUUCGUAAUAUUCUUGGCCCUGGUAUGUCUACCAAAAUGUGGGAAGCUACAAUUGAGCAUGCACAGACAUGUGUGCUCGAUCGGAAGAUUUACGUGUACAAACCUCAUGAUGUGGAACAGAAAAGCGGAGUCGUCUUUAAUGUUGUAGGACAAGUGAUGGGGCUACUUUCAGAUUACCAGUACGUUCCCAUAGAUAAGCUAUCUGAAAGUGAAAAGGCUGAUGCUCACGACUUGGUUAUCUCUGCAUACAAACACUGGGAAGAAGUCGACUCUAUUGAUGAUGAAACUUGUCUUGUAGGUGGCUCUUCUCACCCUCUCAGUUUCUGCUACACCCCGAGCUCACCCAUGGAGGACCAUUCUUAUGGUAUCAAGUAUUUGGCAUCUCCAAAAUUUAGUGGCUUUGAUUUCACACCAUCAAAUGCCUAUUCAUCCGAUGUAAUUUCAUCGAUGGGUUCUAUUGGGAGUCCUAGCGGCUUGGACGAUCAUGCUUUCCAGGGUUUUGAUUCUAUGGUUGUAAGAUAUGAGAUGCCAAGUUCCCCAAACUUUGCCAACUCUUCUCUGAUCUGCGAUUCCGAGCCACUAAACUCAUCUUUCUUUAACGUGGAUCAUAUGCAAGUUUUAGAGUCCGAUUUGCAAUGUAGCUCGAUUUUAGAAUCACGAGCGACUACAACCACUCUUCAAGGUGGCUCCUCAUCAUGUGGUGCUCAAAUGAGAUGGACUAAGGUAUAUGGUGUGCUAAAAUGGUACUUUUUGUUGAGAUUGGUAAUUAGAAGAAACAAACACAGGUUCGAGAGAUAACAAAGGUGCACAGAGUUGUGGAAAGGAAAAAGUGGACUAUGGUUGAGACUCGAAAACAGUGUCCUGGUUAAAAUGUGUGCGUUUAUAAAGAGAUGCAAGGGGGGAGGGAAUGUUCUUGUUUGAUAUGUGGGAUGAUUCUGUGCAUUUUUUUUCCCCAAAUGUUUUGGUUAUGCUAUGUCACUGAGCCAGAAGAUUUUUCUCUCUGAUUCAAGUGUUUGUACAUUGGUGUAGCAAUUUUCGACACUAUCAGAGAGGGCCUGGUCUCAGUUGAUGUUUGAUCAGAAUGCCCAUAGUACUUAUGUUUUGGUUCUUUACUCUACUGUUUAUACAUUUCUGUACAAAACAAACUCUCUUUCUGCCUGUUUUUUACAUUGGGAAUGGGAGGUUUUUAUUAAUAGUGCAUAUAAUUUUCUUCUUAAGAA